AUUGCCUACAACGUGUCUUGCUUUUACUUAUCUGUCAUCCCAAAUCGUCGUCCUUCUUCUUCUUGUCACCUUUGCCCUGUUUUUUACCUGUUCCGGUUUUUUGAUUCUGUUUUCCUUGCUUCUUCUUCUGUUCUUUGGCAUCUGAGUGUUGGCGUUGGUGUUGUUUUUGGGGCUCUUGGCAACAAAAAGGAAAACUUUUUGAGGGAAGAAAGGAAACAGAAAGAUGACUAUUGGGGCGGGGAUAGGUGUGGCGGAUGGGAAGUUGAUGGUGUUGGGGAACUGUGUGUUGCGAGAUGUCAAAGAGAACAUUAUCGUAACAGCUGCCUCAGGAGGUGCAUUGGCCAAUGGCGCAUUCAUUGGCGUCGUAUCCGACCAGAUCGGUAGCCGCCGGGUAUUCCCUAUUGGAAAACUUGAGGGAUUGCGCUUUUUGUGCGUUUUCCGCUUCAAGAUGUGGUGGAUGACACAGAGGAUGGGUAAUCGUGGCCAAGAUAUACCCUUUGAGACCCAGUUUUUGAUUGUUGAAGCGCGCGAUGGUUCUAGUACUAUUGACGAUGAAAGCAAUGGUGGAAUGGACCAAUCUGCCUUGUAUACCGUUUUCUUACCCAUUCUUGAGGGUGAUUUCAGGGCUGUUCUUCAGGGAAAUGAGCAUGAUGAAUUGGAGAUUUGCUUGGAAAGUGGAGAUCCCACGGUUGAGGGCUUUGAGGGGAGUCAUUUGGUUUUUGUUGCUGCUGGACCAGAUCCAUUUGAUGUCAUCACAAAUGCAGUAAAGACCGUUGAGAAACAUUUACAAACAUUUUGUCAUCGCGAGAGAAAGAAGAUGCCAGACAUGUUGAACUGGUUCGGUUGGUGUACAUGGGAUGCUUUCUAUACUGAUGUCACCUCAGAGGGCGUGAAGCAAGGUCUAGAUAGCUUAGAGAAGGGUGGAAUUCCUCCAAAGUUUGUUAUAAUCGAUGAUGGGUGGCAAUCGGUUGGCAUGGAUCCCACGGGAAUCGAAUCCAAAGCUGAUAACUCAGCCAACUUUGCAAACAGGCUGACCCAUAUCAAAGAGAAUCACAAAUUUCAGAAAGAUGGCAAAGAAGGUCAUAGGGUAGAGGAUCCAGCUUUGGGACUUCGCCAUAUUGUUGAUGAAAUAAAGGACAAGCAUGCUUUAAAGUAUGUUUACGUGUGGCAUGCAAUAACAGGGUAUUGGGGAGGUGUUAAGCCUGGUGUUACAGAUAUGGAGCACUAUGAGUCUAAAUUAGCCUACCCAGUUUCAUCUCCCGGAGUUCAGUCAAAUGAGUCGUGUGAUUGUUUACAAAGCAUUACAAGAAAUGGUCUUGGCCUUGUGAACCCUGAAAAAGUUUUCAACUUCUAUAACGAACUCCACUCGUACCUAGCAUCAGCCGGUAUCGAUGGUGUCAAAGUGGAUGUUCAGAACAUCCUUGAAACGCUUGGGGCCGGUCAUGGUGGAAGGGUGAAACUUGCUAGAAAUUACCAUCAGGCCUUGGAGGCAUCUAUUUCGAGAAAUUUUCCUGAUAAUGGGAUUAUUUCUUGUAUGAGUCACAACACAGAUGGGUUGUACAGUGCAAAGCGGACAGCUGUUAUAAGAGCAUCAGAUGAUUUCUGGCCAAGAGAUCCGGCAUCACACACUAUUCAUAUUGCAUCAGUUGCUUACAACACCAUUUUUCUUGGGGAGUUCAUGCAGCCUGAUUGGGAUAUGUUCCACAGCCUACACCCAAUGGCUGAAUACCAUGCAGCAGCUCGUGCUGUGGGAGGAUGUGCAGUUUAUGUUAGUGACAAGCCUGGGCACCAUGACUUUAAUCUUCUGAAGAAGCUGGUACUCCCUGAUGGUUCAAUAUUGAGGGCCAAACUUCCAGGAAGACCAACAAGGGAUUGCUUAUUUUCUGAUCCUGCCAGAGAUGGGAAAAGUCUUCUAAAAAUAUGGAAUCUGAAUGAAUUUUCUGGAGUUGUGGGGGUCUUUAACUGCCAGGGAGCUGGCUGGUGUAGGGUUGGAAAAAAGAACCUCAUCCACAAUGAACAUCCGGAUACAAUUACUGGGGUUAUUAGGGCUAAAGAUGUUGAAUUUCUGCCAAGGGUCGCAGAUGAUAGAUGGUGUGGGGAUACUGUCAUGUUUUCCCAUCUAGGUGGAGAGACAGUUUAUCUUCCAAAGGAUGCAGCUAUUCCAAUUACACUAAAAUCCAGAGAAUAUGAAGUUUUUACUGUGGUUCCUGCCUGGGAAGUGUGGAAUGGAGUUAGAUUUGCUCCAAUAGGUCUAAUCAAGAUGUUCAAUUCAGGGGGAGCCAUCAAAGAAAUGAAUUAUAAAGAUGAGAAAAGCACUAGUGUUGUCUUGAAAGUUCGUGGGUGUGGCCUAUUUGGAGCAUAUUCUUCAGCCAGACCAAAGAGAAUAAUAGUUGAUUCAGAGGAGAUAGAGUUCGAAUAUGAAGAAGGGUCUGGUUUGGUCACAGUUUGUUUGAGAGUUGCAAAAGAAGAGUUAUACCUCUGGAAUAUAACAUAUGAACUAUGAAACUGAAGUUUAUGCAGUAAUAGGAGAACUGGGAGUUCAUAAUCAUAUCCCCUCUCCCAUGAGGAGGAGGAGGAGUUAGAUGUAGAUGAUGGUAGUACCUUGUUGUCGCAGAUUUAGAUUGUACAACACACCGUUGAAAAAUAAUGAUAAACCACGAAUGUUAUUCAA